AUGGCGAAAAGGAAGGGACCGUUAUUUUCACUGCUGUACUUUAUAGCAGAGUUCUGGCUCACUUCGCAGCAGGUCCUGAGAAUCGGAGGCAUCUUUGAGACGCUUGAGAAUGAGCCGAUUAGUGUUGAAGAACUGGCCUUUAAAUUCGCUGUAACCAACAUAAACAGGAACCGGACCUUAAUGCCAAACACCACAUUGACCUAUGACAUCCAGAGAAUAAACCUAUAUGACAGUUUUGAGGCCUCAAGAAGAGCCUGUGACCAGCUGGCUUUGGGCGUUGGGGCCGUAUUUGGCCCCUCUCACAGCUCAUCCGUCAGUGCGGUGCAGUCUAUUUGUAAUGCCCUGGAAGUCCCUCACAUCCAGACACGCUGGAAACACCCCUCAGUGGACAACAAAGACAGCUUCUACAUUAACCUCUAUCCGGAAUACACCUCCAUAAGCCGAGCUGUGCUGGACAUAGUGCAGUACUACAAGUGGAAGACGGUCACUGUCGUCUAUGAGGAUGCAACUGGACUGAUUCGUUUGCAAGAGUUGAUCAAAGCUCCAUCCAGAUACAGCAUUAAAAUCAAGAUCCGCCAGCUGCCAACAGGAAGUAAAGACGCCCGUCCUCUGUUGAAAGAGAUGAAGAAGGGGAAGGAGUUCUACGUCAUCUUUGACUGCUCGUACCAAACGUCAGCCGAUGUUCUCAAGCAGAUCUUGUCCAUGGGGAUGAUGACUGAAUAUUACCACUUCUUCUUCACUACACUGGACCUGUUCUCCCUCGACCUGGAACCGUACCGCUACAGUGGGGUCAACAUGACGGGGUUCAGACUGCUCAACAUAGACAGUCCACAUGUGGCCUCAGUGGUAGAGAGGUGGGCCAUGGAGCGACUGCAGGCUCCCUCCAAAGCAGAGACUGGAAUGAUGGAGGGGAUGAUGACAACAGAAGCAGCUCUGAUGUACGAUGCCGUCUACAUGGUGGCUGCUGCCUCGCAACGGGCCUCUCAAAUCACUGUCAGCUCCCUUCAGUGCCACCGACAUAAACCCUGGCGCUUUGGAUCCCGCUUUAUGAGCAUGCUCAAAGACGCACAAUGGAACGGCUUGACGGGACAAAUAAUAGUAAACAAGACCGACGGCCUGAGGAAAGAAUUUGAUUUAGAUGUCAUCAGCCUCAAGGAAGAUGGCUUGGAGAAGACAAUCGCGGGCAACAACCGCCUGAAUAAAGUGUGGAAAAAGAUUGGCGUGUGGAACUCCCAAACAGGCCUUAAUUUAACAGAAAACAACAAGGACUCAUCCACAAAUGUGACUGACUCAAUGGCCAACCGGACCCUCGUUGUCACAACUAUUCUGGAAAACCCAUAUGUCAUGUAUAAGAAAUCUGAUAAGCCCCUUUAUGGAAAUGAUCGCUUUGAGGGCUACUGCCUGGACCUGCUCAAAGAGCUCUCCAACAUUUUGGGCUUCUCCUAUGAGGUAAAGCUGGUGACCGAUGGCAAAUAUGGAGCUCAGAAUGACAAGGGGGAGUGGAAUGGCAUGGUGCGAGAACUCAUUGAUCAUGUGGCAGACCUUGCCGUGGCCCCUCUCACUAUCACAUAUGUGAGGGAAAAGGUGAUUGAUUUCUCCAAGCCCUUCAUGACACUGGGGAUCAGCAUCCUCUACCACAAACCCAAUGGCACCAAUCCAGGAGUGUUCUCCUUCCUCAACCCACUGUCUCCUGAUAUCUGGAUGUAUGUGCUACUGGCCUGCCUCGGUGUCAGCUGCGUGCUGUUUGUUAUUGCCAGGUUUACUCCUUAUGAGUGGUACAACCCUCACCCCUGCAACCCAGACUCAGAUGUGGUUGAAAACAACUUCACUCUAAUAAACAGUGUCUGGUUUGGAGUUGGCGCACUUAUGCAGCAAGGAUCUGAACUGAUGCCGAAAGCCCUCUCUACAAGGAUAGUCGGUGGAAUAUGGUGGUUCUUUACAUUGAUCAUAAUCUCCUCUUAUACUGCCAAUUUGGCUGCCUUCCUCACUGUGGAGAGAAUGGACUCACCAAUCGACUCUGCAGAUGACUUGGCCAAGCAAACCAAAAUAGAGUAUGGUGCUGUCAGAGACGGCUCCACCAUGACCUUUUUCAAGAAAUCUAAGAUCUCAACUUAUGAGAAAAUGUGGGCAUUCAUGAGCAGUAGAAAAAACACGGCUCUGGUGAAAAACAACCGGGAGGGGAUUCAGAGGGUUCUCACCACAGACUACGCUCUUCUGAUGGAGUCAACCAGCAUUGAGUACAUUAGUCAGCGUAACUGCAAUCUCACACAGAUUGGAGGCUUGAUAGACUCAAAAGGCUAUGGAGUGGGAACCCCGAUUGGCUCCCCUUACAGAGACAAGAUCACCAUCGCCAUCUUGCAGCUUCAGGAGGAAGGAAAGCUGCACAUGAUGAAGGAGAAAUGGUGGAGAGGGAAUGGCUGUCCAGAGGAGGACAGCAAAGAGGCCAGUGCUCUGGGUGUGGAGAACAUAGGAGGAAUCUUUAUUGUCCUGGCAGCUGGACUAGUUCUCUCAGUUUUUGUAGCAAUCGGAGAGUUUAUUUACAAAUCCAGAAAAAACUUGGACAUUGAGGAGGUGAGUGUUGGUCAGUGUGAAUGGCACAACAAGUAUUAA